GUAAAAAACGAUUAAGCUGCAGUAAUUUAUGCAAGUUGAAGUUUUAGGCGAUCAAAGUGUUACAUUAUUUCCGCUUAAGUAGUGCAAAGUGUGUGUGCUAAGGAUAUGGUCCAACUUGCAGUUGCUGUUCUGGUAGUGGUGCUACUUCAGGUAGUGCCACAUGUAACAAGUACUUGUGAUUACUACGGUUUUUGGGGAACAUCCGAAGCAAUUUGUUCAAAUUUGGAAGAAACCGAUAUUCACCAGUUAAGACAAGUUUAUCAAUUAAAAAUCGCGGACUCUUCAUUACCGAAACUUGAAAAGAACUCUCUUCCAUCCAGCAUCACACAUCUGUCUCUCACCAACUGUAAUAUCCAAGAAAUAAAUUACGAUACCUUUGAAGGCAUGGAAAAUCUCGAAGAACUAGACUUGCACUCCAACAGCAUCGAAAGCAUUGGGUUCUUGAUGCAUACACAUCUUAUUACGUUCUUAAAUUUAAACUACAACAGUUUAAAGACGCUGGAAUCGUUUUCAUUCCUCACCACACAGAAGUUGCGACAACUCUAUCUACAAAAUUGUGAAAUUACCAAUGUAAAGGAAGAUGCCUUCCUUAGUCUGCGAAACCUCCAGCACUUAGACCUGCGCAAUAAUCUCCUCAACAGGUUGGACAUAAAUGUAUUCUCAGGGCUCACCAAUUUGGAGACACUGGAUUUAAGUCACAAUCCACUGGCGUUGAUCGAUGAAAAUCUGUUCAGAAACCUCGGCAGCCUUCGCAGCCUGCACUUGGAGAAUAACUCACUUCAGGAGGUUAAGGGUUGUUUCAGUGACCUACACGCGUUAGAGUUCUUAGACUUAUCUCAAAACAGCAUCGGAAAUAUAAGUCGAAAAACGUUCGCGGGGCUUCGCAGACUGACUCACUUGUCGAUGUGGUACUCGGCAGUUACCAGUAUAGCCGCCGAAACUUUUCAGGCCAUGAGUGAGUUAACUGUCCUAGACCUGGGUGGGAAUCAAUUAAAAGCUCUAAUACAAAAGAGUUUUGCUGGUUUAAUCAACUUGAAGGGCCUCCAUCUUGCCGGCAACGCGAUCGAGCACAUCGACGCACUUGCCUUUCGUGAUUUGGGGGAGUUGCGCUUCCUGGACUUGUCGUUCAAUAACAUUACAUUUCUCUACUCGCGCACCUUUACCGGUUUAGUCAACGUGAACAAAAUGAAUUUGAGCAGCUCCAACAUCGCAAUGGUAGAACCUGGAGCCUUUCUCGGAUUGGAUCACUUGAAAUAUCUGGACCUGUCCGAAAAUGCGAUCGACGUUUUGGGAAAGGAAACAUUUCAAGGCCUCGCCUCGCUUCUCGAACUGAACGCGUCCAAUUCACAAGUUGGUGUGAUUGAGGGAGGAGCGUUUAGUGAGUUGCGGUCGAUGCAAUCACUCGAUCUGGCGAGCAACAAUUUUAGCGAAAUUCCCAGCGGAUUUCUAUGCGAUCUCCCGCAACUGAAAUCGGUCAACUUGGCGAAGAAUCGAGUAUCGCACGUGAAAGGGGGCGCAUUCCUCAAUCUUGAGGGGGUAAGUUUUGUGGACUUUAGAGGGAGCACUGUGGAGGUCAUCGAAAGUUGGGCUUUUCAAAAUUUAAGCUCGUACAGAAACUUUGAUUUGUCACAGCUAUCCAUUGCAAGGGUGGAGUCUAACGCGUUCAGUGGAAUUGAAGUUUUAGACAAUUUGGAUUUGAGUGGAAACUGUAUUAAGACAAUACAAGAGCACACGUUCCGGAUUGGAAAGAUGGGAAAUCUGGAUUUAGGCGAAAAUGAGAUUGAGGAGCUCAAUCCAGGUACCUUUAGAGGUUUACAUUUCGGACCACACAAACAUCUCAGAUUAAGCUACAAUAAAAUAGACCGUCUUAGACGUGGCCUCUUCUCUGGAAUCCGAAACGUGUUGCACAUUUACCUUCAAGUAAGUAAUAUUGAUACAAUUGAACCGGGAGCUUUUGAUGAUGUUGAAAUGAUGAUGGGUGAUGGUGAAGGAAUGAAUAGUAUUAAUUUGCAACUUAACGCGCUAAAGUCUUUACGUCCCUACACGUUUUUUGGAAUCCGCAAUUUGCAAACCUUGCUACUAGAUAACAAUGAUAUUGACGAUAUAGAGCCAAAUGCAUUCGCCGGACUUCAUCUGCUACAAACCCUUUGGCUCGACUACAAUCACAUUCACAUGUUGGACUUGCAAUCCUUUGUGGGUUUGUGGAAUUUAUCCACACUCUCAUUAAGCAACAAUAAUUUGACAUAUUUUCGUGCGGGUACAUUUUCGCAUUUACCCAAGCUGUCGGUACUAGACAUAUCCAAUAACAAGCUUUCGAAGCUGAACGACGUUGCCCUCUAUCCGUUAAGAAGCCUCACACAUCUAAGUUUGGAGGAAAACAUGUUGGUCACCUUAGACUACGACUCACUGUUGAGCCAUCACGCAUUUCUCUCCACCAUCAACUUGAACAAUAACCAGUGGCUGUGCUCCAAACUGACAAAGAUACUUAAGGCGUUCAGAAACAGAAACGUUCACUACUCGCCAGGAAACGUACAAGACUUUUCACUUGAAAACAUCGAGUGGAUUAGAUGCUACGAUUCGGAAAGGGACGUAGGCCUUGAGGAAGGGGCCAUUCCGGAUUGGCUUUCCGCCAACUCGACCUUAGAAGUAACCCUCAUCAAACAGUUUAACAUCGUACGGAACGCAAUUUACAAAAGCACAACCGACAUGCGAGCAUUCUUCGGCGCAUGGUUUAAUCAGAUAAACGCAUCCCUCGCUCGUGACACCCAUGUAGAGGAAAGUUUGUACGCCAUUCAGAAGGAGAAUAACGCACUCCUUUCACUGUACCUCAAUAGUACAAGAUUAGAUUUAAAACCUGUAGAGCCAGUAGCACUGACGGGGUUGCGCGAAGGGAGCAGUGGCUGGAGUACUGGUGUGCUUACUCUCUUUGGGGUUGCCAUUACGGUUCUAUUAGGUGCCCUGCUGUGUGUGCUCUACAAGAAUUUCAAGCUGGCCAGUAGGAAUAACCAGCGAUCGCAGUUUGAAUUGUUGCAAACGCACGAAAGAUACAUUGGGGAACCUAGUUCGCUGUAA